AUGCGUCCCUUCAUCAUCGCCCCAAUCCUCAUGGCCAGCGCCAUAGCCCAAUCAACCACAGACUACCUCGCCUGCGCCAACGCCGCCAUAACCAGCAUCACGAAAUCAACCUUGACUUCCUGCACCUCUAAAAGCUCGCAAGAAUGCAUCUGUGCCAACAAAUCCGCCCUAAAAGACAUAUCAACCUCCUCCGCCCCAGCCUGUCUCGGAUUAGACAUCUCAACCCUGAUAUCAACCCUCUGCCCCGACGAAACCAAAUCCACCGAAACAAAAGCCACAGAAACGAAAGCCACAGAAACAAGAGCUGCUUUCCGACAUGCAGGCAGACCAAUGCAACCCGUCAAACGCGCAGACGGAGCAAAACUCACCAUCUACGUAACAGAAACUCGCUCGGAUUGCGGUUGCACGAGUACGGCUGUUGGGGGUCAUGUGCACGGCUCCGCUACGCCUGUUGCUGGGAGCAUGCAUAUCUCGCAGAUUCCUGUUCAUGUCCCGACGGGUAGUAUGGGUGGUGUGGCUGCGGCGUCGUCGACGCCUGUGAGGGAUCACGGGUUGAUGGGUGGUACGGCUUCGUCGUCUGUGGAACAGGUUGGGGCUACGCCUUCGGGUAGGCCUUCGGGAGUUGAUGCGAAGAGUUUUUCGCCUUAUACAGGGGCUGCGGUGGGGGUUUCGGUGAAUGGGGUUGUGGUUCUUGGUGUUGCGGCUGUUAUGGGUGUUAUGGUUGCUCUGUAG